AUGGCCACAAAUAAGCCGGUUAUUGAAGCCCAGAAGCUGGAUUCCUGUGGGGCAGCAGGGGAUGGACAGUCUUCUGUUCAUGUAAAGACAUUACAGGUUCCAGCCAAAUGUGGACCCAUCACCGCCAUGCAGCCCCCACCCACUGCUGCAGCUGUCACAAAAGGUGACUCUCUCUCUGGCCCACCCAAACUCAUCCCCUCUGGCCAAGGCCACCAAUCCUCUACAGUUCCAGUUGCAGUAUCAGGGCCUCAGACCUCCUCUCCCUCUGUCAUGGUGGUAGCAAAGGUGGCCACCCCAAGUGGAGUGAGUGCUAGCAGCCAGCUACAGGUAACAAAACCAGGUCUAAGCCAGGUGGCCUCAACCCCAGGAAGGACAGUGGUGAUAACUGUACCUAGGACAGCAGGUCCACAGCCGGUCACUGUGGCCCCUCGACUGCCACAGGCUGCUUCCUCACAGCUCCCAGCCAAUAUCCACAUACCACCAGGUAUGAUGUUGAUCCGCAGUGACAGUGGGCAGCUGAUGCUCGUAUCCCAGCAGGCUUUGGCACAGGCUCAGCAGGGACCAAGAGUUGCCAGUGGUCAAGUACCCAGGCUUCUGGCCCAUCAGGUGUCUGCAGCAGCUGGAGGCAGUGAGAAGGUGACAGUGAUCAGGAUGGCACCCCCUCCCAGUUUCCAACCUUCACCAGUCCAAAAGACAGCUGUGGUAAAGGUUAUCGGUGUAGCUCCCAAACCAGCUGUAGUCCAGACCCUGAGUGCUGUGUCUGAGCGGGGGAGCCAGCCCCAUAAUCAGGAAGGUGUCACAGAAACCAAAAAGGAGCCUUCAGCCACGUUCAGUCAGGAGACUCUGGAAAGUGUGAAAAAGUGCAAGAACUUCCUGGUAACUCUGAUCAAGCUGGCCUCCAGUGACUCCAGGUCUGCAAACAUGGCUAACAACGUCAGGGGACUGGUUAGGAGCCUGCUGGAAGGGAAGCUAGAAGCAGAGGGGUUUACAGAACAGCUUUACCAUGAGUUGAAGUCAACUCCACAGCCAUGUCUGGUGCCGUUCCUCAAGAAAAGUCUUCCUGCGGUGCGUCGCCUCACCACAGACCCCCAGUUAUUUAUUCAGCAGGCUUCAACUUCCACCCGCAACCCCAACACCCUGUCUACCACCGUGAAGCAGUCCGUCACUGACACAGGACAAAACCUCAAGACCAGACAGCAGGUGAUUCAGCAACCUCGAGGGCUGAUUCUGAGACCUGGGCUGACUACACCAGCCCAGUCCAGAAAUUACAUAUCUAAGAGCAGCAGACCCAACCUCAAGCACACUGUGGUCCAGUCAGGAAAACACUUGGCAGGAACUUUUUCGGUGAAGCAGCCUUUCACUCAGGAUCCACCUCGUUCUACCAAAUUUGCAUUCAAGGACUGUUCAGGAUCAUACAAAGAAGAGGACGACAUUAAUGAUGUCGCCUUCAUGGCUGGAGUCAACCUGAGGGAAGAGAAUGCACAGAUCCUGACCACAGUGGUUGGCUCUGUGGUGCAGUCAUGUCAGGAUCAGCCCUUCCUCUCGCCAAACACGGUGCUCAGCCGAAUCCUUCAUACAGGGCAGGCACUGGGAGUAACUGAUGUUGGUCCAGACGUGGUUGCUCUGGUUUCUCAUGCUACUCAGGAGUGUCUCCGAAAUCUACUGGAAAAGCUCACUGUGAUGGCAGAACACCGCAAAGCCACUCUGAAGGAUGACCUGUGGUAUACCAAAGCGAGUGAUGUUCGCUCUCAGCUGCGCUUCCUGGAGGAAGUGGAGAGUUUGAACAAGAAGAAGAAAGAUGAAGAGGAGAGGGAGAGGCUGCUGCGUUUGGCCAGAAGUCGCUCACACACUGAGGAUCCACAGCAUCAGCAGCUCAAGCAAAGAGCCAAAGAGUUACAACAAAUAGAGGAAGCUCAGCUGCAGCAAAGAGAGGCCAACCUCACUGCCCUGGCUGCCAUCGGCCCUCGCAAGAAAAGACCUCUGGAGCAGACUGAAAGCCAGGUGUCGCUGCUGUCCAGACUGGGUGUCCACAGAGUGACUCGGGUGAUGCUGAGGGAUUUGCUGGUGUGUAUGGAGCAGGACCACUUCCUCCGUCACUCUCUCACUCUGUACAAAGCAAUGUUCUGA